GGAGAAAGUAACAAUGGGGGAAAGCCUGUGAUUAUGUAUGUAUGUCACAACAUGGGCGGCAAUCAGUACUUUGAAUAUACGUCACAUAAUGAGCUGAGGCAUAACAUAGGGAAACAGCUCUGCCUGCAUGCGUCUCCUUACCCAGAGCCAGUGAAGAUUGAGCUCUGUACGCUGAAGGGCAAAGGCAGUAGUUUGACUCCUGAACAAGAAUGGGUGGUCACAGAAAUCCUACUUUCUUCCCCUUUUACUUAAUGUCUGUUGCAGUCCUUUUUAGCAGGUGAACAACU